ACGGCGCACAGACGCCGCGAGGCCGAGGGAGAAGGAGGAAGCAGCUUUUCCGCGCUCUCGCCGUCGCCAUUUUGUCUGUGCGCGCAGGGCGGACACGGAGCUCGCUCGCCUUCUUUUUCAGCUUUGUGCAUGUACCUGUUUGAACAAAGAAUUCCUCCACCUAACAUCCAGCAAGAGAAGCUGUGGGAGAUGAGGCAUUCAAAGCAGUCCCCAUUGUCCUGAGCAGGAUGACAGAGGAGCUGGGAUCAGAGGAAGCACAGUAGCAGCCGCAAACGCAGAAAGAGGUCCCAGAGCAGCGGCCAAGAAAGCAAGCACUAUAAACCCAGUCGCAUUUCAGAAAGUCAUUAUUUGGACGAUAGAGCCAUAAAUGAAAGAGACCAUCAUGACCGGAGAUAUGUUGAGGAGUACAGGAAUGACUUCUGUGAAGUGUAUGACCACAGGCAUUAUCACAGAGACUAUGAAAAGAGUCACCAUCACCACUAUAGCAAAUCCUCUGGUCGGAGCAGGAAAAGUAGUCAUAAAAGGAAGCAUAAGAGACAUCAUUGCUCCAGUCACCAAUCGCAUUCGAAGAGUCACCGAAGGAAAAGAUCCAGGAGUGUAGAGGAUGAUGAGGAGGGUCACCUGAUCUGUGAAAGUGGAGACGUUCUAAGAGCAAGAUAUGAAAUUGUUGCGACUUUAGGAGAGGGAGCUUUUGGAAAAGUAGUGGAGUGCAUAGAUCAUGAUAUGAGAGGAAUGCAUGUAGCAGUUAAAAUUGUGAAAAAUGUUGGUCGAUACCGGGAGGCAGCCCGUUCAGAAAUACAGGUGUUGGAACACUUGAACAACAUGGAUCCAAGCAGCAAUUUCCGCUGUGUCCAGAUGCUGGAAUGGUUUGAUCAUCAUGGCCAUGUUUGCAUUGUUUUUGAGCUACUGGGACUGAGUACUUAUGACUUUAUUAAGGAAAACAGCUUUCUGCCAUUUCAUAUUAAUGACAUUAGAAACAUGGCUUAUCAAAUUUGCCAGUCCAUAAACUUUCUACACCAUAAUAAGCUAACUCACACAGACUUAAAGCCUGAAAAUAUCUUGUUUGUGGAGUCUGAUUACAUAGUGAAGUACAAUGCCAAGAUGAAGCGAGAUGAGCGCACUUUAAAAACACUGACAUCAAAGUCGUUAUUUGGAAGUGCAACUUUUGAUGAUGAGCAUCACAGCACAUUAGUGUCUACAAGACAUUACAGAGCGCCUGAGGUUAUUUUAGCACUGGGGUGGUCACAGCCAUGUGACGUGUGGAGUAUUGGUUGUAUUCUGAUUGAGUAUUACCUGGGAUUUACAGUGUUUCAGACACAUGAUAGUAAAGAACACCUGGCAAUGAUGGAAAGAAUCCUGGGGCCUCUGCCCACUCACAUGAUCAAGAAAUCCAGGAAGCAUUAUUUCCACCAUGACCAGUUGGACUGGGAUGAGCACAGCUCUGCAGGCCGCUAUGUCAGGAGGCGCUGUAAGCCUUUGAAGGAAUUCAUGCAUUGCCAGGACACGGAUCAUCAAAGUCUGUUUGACCUUGUUCGCAGGAUGCUGGAAUAUGACCCAGCCAAAAGAAUUACUCUUGAUGAAGCCUUGCAGCAUCCUUUCUUUGAACCAUUAAAUAAAUAAAUUCAAAGACCUUUUAUGCUUCUUCCAGGAGAUUUCCUAGACUGUGUCAGUCAGUCCAGAGGUUGCAUGAAACUUUUGUAAGCUUUAAAUUAUUUGUACAGUUAAGUCUGUAAAUAAUUACAUAUGUUUUGUAUAACUGUUAUGUUUACCUUGUUGAGCAGUUGUAGUCUUAUCGGUAUCAAAGUGAAAAAUAAAAAGUAAUUUUCAUUUUUGAAAGCUG